ACUCAACAAAAAUAUCCCAUUAUCACACUAUUUUCAAACCAUUUUACCAUCAACACGGUCUAACUUGAAUCAGAUUUUUCUCAGUCAGAUAACAAGUCUUCAAUGUAUUCAAUAUCCUCCUCUUUCGGACUACAGUGAACAUAAUUAUACACAGUCAUGGUACAUUAAAAACAACAACAAACACAACACACACACAGAAAAUUAUCCAAGAUGGAAAUCCAAUAACAGUUUGUUAGCGCAAAGAAACGGAACUGGCACUACACCUGGUAAGCAGCACAACCUUCCCUGCCCAUUCAAUAAGGAGUCAGGGUGAAGGGAGGGACUGGACUUCCAGACAGCCACAGUAAAUGUAUUAAGAAAUGUAUGUAGUUCUGAAUGCUCCUGAGACAGUAUGAUUGCAAUUCCAGCUGUUUGUGCUGAACACCAAUCUGCUGAUGUCGCUAGUUGAGUUGCCAGCUCUGGAGGUGCCAGGAGGGGGAGUUACUGCGGGACUAGUUACUGCGUCCUCCCAAGUCCGCAUCAUCCUGCGGGACCUUGCUGGCAAGGCCUCUUGGGAUGCUUCCAUCCUCUACUGUACUCCGGAACAGUUGAAACACACGGAAAAUGAGCUGAACGUGGACAAGUGGAAACAGUGAGCCCAACAAUGGAACGAAAAAAGAUGCUU